AUGGUACUUCAUCAUAUCGAUCAUUCUAUCAUCCCUCACCCAUUCACUCAAGUUUGCCAAGCUUAUACUCUAAGAUACCCAAACCCAUUUUCACCACACGUAAUCACAUCAGAUGUGUUAAAACGAGAGUGGGAUCCAGAAAAUCGAAUUUUAUAUACGACUCGAUUACUUCUAAAAAGAGGUACAUUACCUUCUUGGGCACCGCGUGGAAUUAUUGAAAAAUCUGAAACUUGGGUCUUGGAAGAAUCUCAAUUAGAUGUCUUGGAAGGAAAAUUAGAUGUUUCUAGUAGGAAUUUAGAUCAUCGUAAAGUUAUUGAAGUUAUUGAAACACUUGAAGUUCGUACUCGAGGUGAGGUAUCUCAUGCCACUACAUCAGCUCAAGUAACUUCAUCGUGGGGUUUCCAUAUGCUUCGGAAUCGGAUCGAACAUUAUGGCGUUAGCCGAUUUCAGCGUCAAACAAAGAAUGCUCGACUUGGCUUAGAAAUGACGAUCCAAAUCCUUCAACCGAAUUCAAGUUUACGUGAUCGACUUUUAAAUGGUGAAAAACUAAAUUAUCCAGCGAUCACUCCGUCUUCUGCUGUUGCUGCAAGACUUCACGCUCUACGGAAUCGAGCCAAAGAGAAUAAAGAACGAAUUAGUGCAUUGAUCCGUACCGGUGCUGGUUUACCGAUCCAGAGUCAUGACGCUAUGUCAAAGGAAGAAGAAGCUGAACUCAAGGAACUUGAACAUGCAUAUGGGCUUGCUUCUGAAGUGGUUGAUGAAACAUUAACUAACUCUGCAACACCUAGUUUGAAUCCUGGUUCGAUACCACACCCAUUGGAUCCACCUAGACGACGCUGGUUUUGGUGGUGUAGAUGGCGGUUAGGUGGAUCAGAUGAAAAAUCCGUCGAACCCGCUGAUUCUGCAUCAAAUCAAGAUAUCAAUAAAACCGAUGGAUCUAAUUGA